AUUUGACUCUGAACAUGUUCUCAUGGAAUGAAAAGGAAACAUUUUUGAAGAAUAGUAGACAUAUUUCCGAACCACCCGAGAAACGAUAUCACAAUAAGAAUAGUCAUUUAAAAAAAUAAGAAUAGCCUUUUAAUAUUAAAAACUGUUCUUAAACAGUUCUUUCAAUCGGCUAAGAAAUUAUUAUUUUAUUUUUCCUAAAACAUGUGGACUUUCCUUGGAAUAGCGAGCUUCACAUAUCUGUAUAACAAAUCAAACACGUUUUUGACUUAUGCUAACAAAGAGCUCGUGAUGGUUACAACCUUAUUUCUCAUUUUCGGCCUGCUGCUCCAAUUUAUCAGGUAUUUUCAUGGUCAGAAGCUCACCUCUCAGGUAGUUCAUUUUCUUUUGCGUCUCUUGUCCCUAUUUCCUGUGAUCAACAACUUUAUUCCCCAUACGUCAACACAGUCGAACGAGAGAUCAGCGACCAACAGUGAAAAGAGUAGAAUGAGGAAAAGAGUAAAAGAAGAGUCCUCCACCCCAGAGAGUGCCUCAGACAGAUGCCCAACAGUGGCUCCAGAACCUGAUGUGGUGAUAGUUGGGGCCGGGGUGCUGGGCUCAGCUAUGGCAGCUGUCCUAGCCCGGGACGGGAGGAGGGUGACUGUGGUGGAGAGGGAUUUGAAGGAGCCUGACAGGAUAGUAGGGGAGCUGCUGCAGCCUGGAGGCUAUAAAGCCCUGAAAGAGCUAGGACUUGAAGGUUCAGUGGAGGGUAUAGAUGCUCAUCUGGUCAAUGGAUAUGUUAUUCAUGACAUUGAAAGCAAUACAAAGGUAGAGAUUCCCUAUCCUCAGAAGGAGGACAACAUUCAGUGUGGACGCGCCUUCCAUCAUGGUCGCUUCAUCAUGGGCCUCAGGAGAACCGCGCUGGCCGAGCAGAAUGUUAAGUUCAUAGAGGGCACAGUGACACGUUUGCAGGAAGAGGACGGCUGUGUUACAGGACUCCAAUACAAGGAUAAAGAAACUGGGGAAAUCAAGGAAAUUUAUGCAGCGCUAACUGUGGUGGCCGAUGGCUGUUUUUCCAAAUUCCGAAGAAGUCUUGUCUCUGGGAAAGCUCACAUCUCUUCUCACUUUGUUGGAUGCCUUAUGAAAGACUGCCCCCAGUUUAGAGACAACCAUGCUGAGCUUGUGAUUGCCCACCCAAGCCCUGUGCUCAUCUACCAGAUCUCCUCCUCACAUACCAGAGUCCUCGUGGACAUCAGAGGGGAGAUGCCUCGCCACCUCCCAGAUUACAUGGCUGAGAAGAUAUACCCACAGCUGCCAGAGCAUUUAAAGGACCCUUUCAUGUUUGCGCUGCAGAACGAUCGACUCAGGUCCAUGCCUGCCAGCUUUCUCCCUCCCUCCCCAAUCAGCAAGCCAGGCGUGCUUCUGCUGGGUGAUGCUUACAACAUGAGGCAUCCUCUCACAGGAGGAGGGAUGAGUGUCGCUCUCAAUGACAUUCUCAUUUGGAGGAAUCUGCUCAACAACAUCUCUGAUCUGCACAAUGAUAGGGAGAUGCUGCAGGCAAAGAAAAAAUUCCACUGGAAACGCAAGUCAUCUCAUUCUUUUGUGGUGAAUGUUUUAGCCCAGGCCCUGUACGAGCUGUUUGCAGCCACUGAUGAUUCUCUUCAAGAGCUGAGAAAAGCCUGCUUCCAGUACUUCAAACUUGGAGGCGAAUGCAUUGCAGGACCUAUUGGAUUACUCUCUGUGUUGUCUCCCAAACCUAUGACCCUUAUUGGACACUUCUUUGCUGUGGCAUUGUAUGCAAUCUACUUCAACUUCAAGUCUGAGUCUUGGAGCAAGAAACCCCGAGCUUUACUCAAGAGUGGAGUCAUCCUGUACCGUGCCUGCACAGUCAUGUUUCCCCUCAUCUACUCUGAACUCAGGUACAUGGUGUACUAAAGAGGCCUGCAUCUUGACACAGAAGGACCAAACUGGCUAGAUUAGAGAUGACGAUUGGAAAUCAUCUCUAUUUACAGAUUCCACGUAAGAAUGCAGUGACAAUAUUGUUGUUGUUUGAACUGUUUGUAGUCCCAGUAGUAUCUUUCCACUGGGGUUUAAAUUAAUUAGACAUCUGUGUGCAAUUGCAUAUAUGCCCUUAGUCUUUGUCUCUCACAUCAAAUACUUUUUACACAUUCUACCUGUAAAUGUCUUCCGCAGAUAAUUAAAACAUAGUGCUGUAUCAUGAUGACCACAAUACAUUCUACUAUGGUUUUAUUAUAUAUAGCAACAUGUGCAUCCGUAUCCCCAACCGAAAAUGUUUUGUAUACCGAAACGACAAAAUUAAAUAGAACAAUGUUUGGUCAUUUUUAAUGCAACGUUUUGACAAUAUGUCUCGCUUCAGCUAUUCUAUCAAUAAACCUUGAAAAUAUGA